CCACGAUGACGGCCCCCUUCGAGGUAGCCCCGCGCCGUCCAUCGCCCGCCAUCUCCUCGAUGCCGACGAUGACCGGCGCGGGCGCGGCGGACGUACUGGAGACGAAAGGAGUCGACGCGGUCGCAAAAUCAGAGGCGCCCGCGCCUGCGCCCACGGAACCUACACGGAUGGCACCGCCGAAACCGAAACCGAGGCGCCGGAUCCCGCGCCCGAGUCUGCAGAAUCAGUAUAUCUACGCUCACCCGGCGCUGACGCUUAACUCUAUCCUUGCUGCUGAGGCGGCGCGACCUGUCAAGGGCGCUGAAGCAGACGAGGCUGAGAUCGAUUGGAGACUCCUUGCUGCUGCUGCCACGAAACGAGGCUGCAACCCGAGCGUGACGAGUAAUGAUACCGCGCUCUUCACACCGGCGAUGAGCGUCACCUCGCUCGCGAGCACGCUCGUCGAUCGCGCGAGCGUGCACUCUUCUAUUACUGCAGCGGGUUCCCAAGCGACGUCGACGGAUCGGUAUGGGUGGGAGGAGAGCCUUAGUGCGAGGUCGAGCCUUGAUUUGGGGGCGAGGGCGGGUGAGGAGACGGAAAGGGGUUUUAGCGGGGGUGCGGAUAUGAUGGCGCCCCCGCCUGCGGCGGCGCAGGAGAGGGGGUUCAUGGGGAAGAGGGGGUUGUUGUGGAAGGUGCUUACUAUGAAUGCACGAGGUGUGUGAGAGAGGAGAGAGAAGAGGAACUUCUUGUCUAUAUUUAUACGACGACAAGACCGGAGAUGUUUUUUUAAAAAAGGGGUCAAAUUGUAUGCACAGCGCGGAGCAUUUUGUUUGGAUUUUAGAGACAGAGCGUCAUUACGCGGAAAAGGGAUAUGGGAGGGCAAAAGGAGCGUUUUGGGAUACUCUCAGCUUUUGGAUACGAGGAACACAUGCGAAGGCGUUGUUGUUUUGGGGUGUGGGGGAUUGGGCAUUUACAACGAUGGCGGGGUGUCAGUUCCAGGCUUCUACAUAGACUUUGGGAGUUUUUUGUACUUGUGUGGUGGGGGGGAGGCAUUGAGCGUGUGCUGUUGUUUGGUGUUGUUUGGAUAUAUCCUAUAGAUGCUUUGGAUCGAUGAUGACGGGGGAAGGGGAAAGGGGGAAGAGAGAUAGUGUGAUGGAUGGGUGGGAUGGUGAUAUAUAAUUAUACCCUCAACUACUUUAUACAAACA